AAGGUAUUUGUUUUUCCUUGUCUAUAAGAUCAAGAAACACAACCCCAUCACUCCAAAUUGAACAAAAAUGGGAGUUCUAAACUACUGCUACCUCUCAGUUACCUCUACAGCCACACCCAUAUCUCAAGAUUCUUCAAAUAAUCCAACCCCAUUGUCAAUUCCAACACAAUCCAAGCAGAAACCUGUGAAAUUGUCCAGUGGGGUGGCUACUACUGGGGACUAUGCUACUGACCCACCCACUACCACUACUAAGCUCAGGAAGUAUUGGGGUGAGGAUGUGGAUCCUCUCACCUCUGAUGAUUUUAUAUGGAAUACGGAAUUUAUGGGUCGCAUGAAGAAGUACAUUCAGGAUCCUCAAGAAAAUGCCCCUGCUGCUGCUGUAAAGGAAGAGAUAUCAGGAUUUCUUAGCUUAAACAGAGUCAUGAAUCUUGACAGUUUGGAAGUUGACUUGACCAAGGAGCUAACAGCCCCUUCACAACCUGUUCUAGAACCAGAAGUCGAAAAUACUCAAGCUCCUUUUACUGCAUCUCAAAAAUGGCGGCCAGCACCAACACGACGGGAGCAGGAGAAGUGGGGCAAAGCUGCCAAGGCUGCAACUGGGGGCAGUGAUGUUAUGUUCAGGGAAAUAAAACGCCCUCAAGGGGAUCCAAAGGUUAUGGCUGCUCAGUCAAGGGAACAGUAUCUUAAGUUAAAGAAUAAAUUGCAGCUUCUCACAGUUGGGAUUGGUGGUGUUGGUGUGAUUUCAGCUUAUAUCUCUUAUUCUCCUGAAAUAGCAAUAAGUUACACUGCAGGGUUGAUUGGUUCUUUGAUGUACAUGCGUAUGCUUGGAAACAGUGUGGAUUCUAUGCUGUCAGAUGGACCCAGAGCACUUAUCAAGGGAGCUGUUGGGCAGCCAAGGCUAUUGGUUCCUGUUGCUUUGGUCAUGAUUUUUAACCGGUGGAAUGGGAUCCUAGUCCCGGAGUAUGGAUUCAUGCACCUCGAGUUGAUACCCAUGCUAGUCGGAUUUUUCACUUACAAGAUUGCAACUUUUGUCCAAGCAAUCGAGGAAGGUGUAUCUAUUAUUGGAAAUAAAUCGCAAGCCUAGCUCUAGUUUUUAUGAUUUUCCAUCAACCUCUGAUGAAAAUAGUAG